AUGUCGAACUUGGAUAAUCAUGGCACAGGUCAUCAAACGGUCUUGCCUGAUUACAGAUCAGCUUAUCAAAUGUCCCAUUCGGGCACUGGAGUAACUGGAUCUUCAACUUCUGGUCCUUCUGGUGUUUCUACGACCGCUGGUGGUGCUAUACCAAACCCGUCCUCUAAUGCAGCGCUCCAACCCCCUUCACAAACUUCACAAAUGCAACCGUCACCCUACUCGCAAAUGCCUCAAAGAGCUUCUUCUACUAUUCCUCAGUCAAUCCAACAGUAUGCUCAAAGCAGCCAUUAUCCCGAUCUGGCCCAGCAAUACCAACAGCUCUUGAACAGUAACUAUGGCUCUUCAAUUCAACAACAGCCUCAGCAACAAAUGAUGAAUCAACCUUAUACAUCGUACUAUAUGUUCAGCCAACAGCCUCUGCAAGCUCCGCUGCAACAGCAACCACAACAACCACAGUUAUCUCAACAGCCAUCGACUGGAGCGGGCCCCAGAAACUCCGCUUCUGAACAAAGUUAUGCAUAUGCUAGGUACCCCUAUGCUACUGCGACGGCAGCGACCCCUUCAACUUCUGCAGCGGCCCCUGGGUCGAAUUAUGCAACAAUGUAUCAACAAUCAAUUCCUCAGAUCAACAAGCUGUUAAGUCAACCUCAGUCAAGACCAUACAACCAAGUUUCUUCUAAUGCAGCCAAUGCUUAUUCGGCAGCCAGCUCUGAUUCAUCCCAACUUCAACGGUCUGUAAAUCCUGUGAGUAACUCUAGCGUUGGUCAGUAUCAACCUCCAGGGGUACGUCCGAGAGUGACAACAACAAUGUGGGAAGAUGAAAAGACUUUAUGUUACCAGGUGGAUGCGAAUAAUGUGUCGGUUGUUAGAAGGGCUGAUAAUAACAUGAUCAACGGUACUAAGUUGUUAAAUGUUGCUCAAAUGACUAGAGGUCGUAGAGAUGGAAUUUUGAAAUCUGAAAAGGUUAGACAUGUGGUUAAGAUUGGCUCAAUGCAUUUGAAGGGUGUAUGGAUCCCAUUUGAGCGAGCACUAUCGAUGGCACAAAGAGAAGGCAUAGUAGAUUUAUUAUAUCCAUUGUUUGUCAGAGAUAUCAAAAGAGUGAUUCAAACUGGAAUAACUCCGACUAAUAAUUCCUCUGCGGCAGGUGCUUCAAUGACAGCUAAAUCUGCUAGUCCUAGUAAUGGGAAUACUAACUAUGGCAUGGGUGGCUAUUAUCAACAAUAUAAUAAGCAAUAUGCCCAAAAUGGUACAGGUGGUUCAGGCGCUAUACAACAAUCUCCACAACAAGCUUCUAAUGCUGAUAUUCACCAAGCGUCACAGCAUCAGCCUCCUCAAGCACAACAAAUGUAUGGGUAUCAACAACCUUACUAUGCUGCUAAUCAAUACUAUCAACCAUACAAUCCAAGCAAUAACUAUUCUUCGUAUGGCAGUCAGCCAAUGUAUUCAGGCUACAGUUAUAUUAAUCAACAAGUUCCUCAACAGGUGUCACAUCAAACACCUUCAUCUUCUGCUGCUAAUUUACAUUCUGCUACAUCUUCGACACAACCAUUAGCUUCUGGUGACCACACUUCUACUCAACCAUCAUCUCACGAAAACCCUAAUGGAAGUGAUACCUCAGGUAGUAGUAAUGAUAGUGUCGAUAGAAAGAAGGAUGAUAAAUAA